AGCCGGAGACGCCUCCAGCCUGCUCUGUGCCAGUUUCAACACCGGGAUCCACCUGCUCAGGUAUUCAAAUGGAAGAGAACAGUUGGCUCUGUUUUGCCGUGGUGGGGCGAGAGGGGAGAGAAGGGGAAGGAAGGUCCUGCUUCUUGUUUAUCUCAGAGCUCACCGCUGUCUCUGGCAGUAACGAAGCUCACCUGCCUGCUGGCACCAGGACGUCUACCUGUGCGGAUCAGAGAGUGGAGGAGACAGAUCUCCAUGAGGGGUGCAGUGUGAUGGCUCUGACUGCUCUCACUAUGGAGUGUGAUCCUCCCCAACACCCAGAGGGGGAGGAAGGUCCAGACCUGGAGUGUGCCAUCUGCUUCAGCCAGUUCAACAACGUCUUCCGGGCUCCCAAGAUGCUGCGCUGCAAGCACACCUUCUGCCUGGAGUGCCUGGCGCGCAUGAACAUCAAGUCCUCGGCCCCGGACACCAUCCUGUGCCCGCUGUGCCGGGACCUCACCACCCUGCCUGUCCUGGGUCUCCCCAAACUGGACAACGACCCGGCCAUCCUGUCCUACCUCCCUGAGGCCAUGCAGCGUGUCUACAGCAUCCGCUUCAACCGCAGCAAGGGCCGCCUGCUAGUGAAGCAGCCCCCUGACUCCUCGUCGCUACCCCCUCUCUGCACGGUCAGCCACAGCCUGGACGUGGGGCUGCCAGCCAGCCAGGACUCGCAGGGUUCCUCCCAGACCAGCGGCUGCCUGUGGCUCUCCAGCCGACCGUGCUGCCGCACUUUCCUCAUAAUAUCUGUGGUGGUGGCCUUGGUCCUGCUCACCUGCUGCAUCAUUCUGGUCACGCCAUAUGCUACCAAGCAAAGCCCAUAGGCAACUCCAUGGGGAGAUGGGCUUCCCAUUGCAGUCCCGUGAGGAAAGCUGUUAGCAGACGUUAGUCUGUCUGGUACUGAAAUGCAUACUGUUGCCAUAACCAAUGUUGUCUAUCCAAAAAAAAAAAAAAAACGGAUCUUUUGUUGCUGCACCCGAAUACUGUGAUCCCUGAAGCUACCCCUGAACCGGUCUGUUGAGCGAUUGCUGCACUUGAUGUGCCUCUCCCCAGAAGCCAGUAGGGCAACACCUUGCAAAUACAGCUGUGAAUAGAUCUGAGGUGCAAUCGAAGACUCUUCUUUGCAUCCCUCCUCUUCCUCCUCCUCCUCCUCCUCCUCCUUGAUGUAAAGCAGGCGGGUGAGGAUGGGGGAGGGAGGCUGUGCCAAGGGGAUACACCGUAAGGCUGUUGAGACCUACUAGAUUUAAGGCAUCCUACUGGAUUUAUUUGCCAAAAUAGCUAUUGCUGUAUUCUAGAACGUGUUUGAAUUGUACUUGAUUAAUGCUCUAAUGCACUGUGUUUUAUUUAUUUUUUAGGUGAGGAUAUUUUUUUGUUUUUCUGUAGAAACAGCACUGUUUUAUUUAUUUUUUUUUUAACUACAUUCAUUAGUUUAGCUGUCUGUGCACUUUUUGACAAAGGUUGUUUAACCCAUUAAGUGCCAUUGUCCUCGUUUGAAGACAGGCUCCUUUUUUGAGCAUUUUUAACUGUCAUGUAUCUACCUGUUAUUUUAAUGUUCUCUUUAACUAUAUUGUUAUAUUAAUAAUAAUUUUGUCUAAAUGUAAUGUAUGGAAUUGCAUAACUACAGAUUGUGUUCUGAUUUUUUCAAAGAAAAAUGUAUUUGGU